UUUGAGGGUGCCGAAGAUGUUCCCCAUAAUUUCCAGCCAUCGUCUUUGGUGGUGUAGCCUUCGGAGGAGAAUCUGCCUGAACCAACCAGUUGUAAGCAGGCAGCAUUUUCAGCAUAUGCACAUCCGAGUUGGAGACCGGGCUGAACUCAGCAGAGCCUUCACACAAAGGGAUGUGGUUGCCUUCUCAGAACUAACAGGGAAUGUUAAUCCUUUGCAUUUAAAUGAAGAUUUUGAAGAGCACACCAAAUUUGGAAAGACAAUUGUGCAUGGAGUUUUGAUCAAUGGACUUAUUUCAGCUCUCCUGGGUACCAAAAUGCCAGGCCCAGGCUGUGUAUUUAUUUCCCAGGAAAUUCACUUUCCAGCCCCUUUAUAUGUUGGAGAAGUUGUUGUAGCUUCUGCAGAAGUUCAAAGGCUGAAGCGGUUCAUUGCGGUUAUUGCUGUGUCAUGCUUUGUAAGAGAAAGUGAAAAGACUGUUAUGGAAGGCUGCGUUAAAGUUAUGGUCCCAGAAGCUUCCAAGCCCUGAAAUAUGUGUUUAAAGAUGCAACUUCAUGCAUCAGUGUUACUGUUACUGAAGAGCCUCUGAGGAAAACGGAUUGCUGCUCUUCAACAAGGAGUGGCCAGCAGACCCAGCAGCCCACAGUGGGGGAGGCAGCAGGUAGCGAGGGGUUCACUUGUCCACUUUCUAAUUUGGCCUUAUGUUUCAUACAGAUGAGUCUAUUUAUCAUCUAAGUUUGUAAAUUUGAAAAAAUAUGGGGAAAGUUAUUUAGCUCAAGGUUCUAAUUUUAGGAUUUCAAACCAAGUUAAAUUUGCAUUUGGAUAACACAAACUUACCUAUAUCUGCAUAGAAUAAAUUUCUCAGUGAAUUUAUAGCUAGGUAGCAUUUAAUUUUUGACAGCAAUUAGAAUAGGAGUUGGGUAAUCUUUGAACACCUGUCUUUACCAAUAAAUAUUUAGAUACUGUUCUUCAGUAAAAAAAUAAAAAUAAAAAAAUAAAACACCGAGCAGAGAGCCAGGCAAACUUCAAUCAGUAGUAGCAGUAUUGGCAUCAUCCUGCCAUUGAACCACUACUCUGUAAGGCAAGUAUCAUUAAAACCAGUUUACAAAGAAAUUAAGGCUCAAACUUGUUUACAUAGCUUUCCCAAAACUGAUAGCCAGUGACACAAAGCACUGAUCCACACCCAGAACUUUAUUUCCAACAGGCUCUGAUUAAUCCAACCACACUAACAGGAAAGGAAUUUACUGUAUGCCACUCCAAGGCGAGCCUGCAUUUUAAGACACCCAGAUAAAGAGUUGCGAAAUGCACAAGAACUCACUCUUCGCGGUGCAAGUUUAGUUGUUGGGGGGAAAGAGAGAAUUUCGUGAGAUCUAAGGCUGCAAGGGCACGGGAGGUGAUAUCGGCUGUUACAAACAACCAAGAUUUCUGAAACCAGUGUGCGGAGGCUCAUAAUCUGGAUACUCUUUUCGAGCUUUGAUCCUCUAAGGAGGUGCUGUCACCCGGCCACGCACUCAGCCUGGCGCUUCUCAGCCUCUAUGACCUUGCUGCCCCCGGCGGCGCUGCCCUUUUUGGCUCUCGCGCUCCACGUGCCUGGAGCGCCUGGCGCCUAAAAAUAUCGCCCUGGUGGAACCUCCCGGAACAUGCCUUCGGCUUUUUAAAAACCAGGCGCCAUCGCCACUUUGAGACACAUAAAUAAA